GCUGUGUCCUUCUGUGCCCCUCCUGUAAGAUGAAGCUGCCCUAGAUGCUGUUGGCAACAGUGCCACAUUAAUGGACCAGAGUUCUGCCAUUCUUCAGCAAAAGAAGACCAGGUGGUUGUAAGAAGAGGGUCUGGCCAAGCCAUUCCGUGGGGAGAAGAAAAUUCAGGCUGCUGUCGGCCUUCCCCUGGUCAUUGCCCUUUUUGGAAACUUCAUUCCCAGCUGUCAAAGGCCAAAAAUAACCUCCAUUCCACACCAUAUUUGUGCGAGGAGGGACCGGGAAGCGUCCGGAGCAUGCUACUUCCUUGCAGACCCUCAGGGGCCAUGCAUCUAAUGCAGCUGAAUUGGGAGUGCCUCCUGCACAUUUUCUCCUUCCUGGACAAAAACAGCCGGAGGAGCCUGGCCCAGACGUGUCCCCGGAUGCGGAGGGUCUUUCAGGAGCCCUCGCUGUGGCCGGUGCUGCACUUCCAUUCCCCCACGGAGCUGACCAAGAGCAACUAUGUCCUGGGACCAGCCUUGCACUGCCUUUCCAUCUGCUGGCAUUCCAGCCAAGUCAAAGUCUGCAACGUUGAGGAUUGGAUGAAGACCACCUUGCAGAGGGACAUCUGCAGCGUACAUGAACACACCGUCAACCAUUUCUUACUCCAGGUUUGUGAGAGGUGUCCAAACCUACUAUCUUUGACACUUUCUGGGUGCGGCCAUGUUACCGACUCCUACAUCACUUUGCUUCUGAAGAGCUGCUCCAGCCUCCGGACUCUGCGGCUGGAAAACUGCGUCCAGAUCACUGACCAGACUUUGGACGCUGUAACCCUUUAUGCUGAUGCCUUGCAAACGCUGCACGUGGACUUUUGCAGGAACGUAACGCAGGCAGGUUUGCAGCGGGUGCAGAAAAGGUGCCCGUCAAUAACUUUAAAAGCAGAAAGAAGCGCAGACAUGAUCCCAGACAAAAAGCCAGGUAACGGGGCAUCGGAGAGGGCAUUCAGGAAACUGCUGUGGCACUGAGGGAAAGAGCAACCUCUGCGUCGAGCGAGAUUCAUUCAUGUAUUUCUGCACGGCUUUGGGACUUCAAGCACAUCCAUACAGAAAUGGAUAUAGAAUUAUCUGUACAGCUGCUGGGGAAAAUCCUGCACAAAACCCAUUGCAAAACCAAUGGCAAAAACUCUUUCUUAAGGCUGACUUAGUCAGCAUGGUUACUGGAAUUCUACAUUCUAUGUUCUCACAAAUGUUGGGUGCCCCAUUACUGGAAAAAUGGAGAACUAGAAAGGUCCUUCACUUCCCAAACAAGCUGUGAUUGCUUUAUGAAUACAAAAUGUUUUUCACGUGUUGAGUGGCCUUUUUCCAAAAUUAAAAUCAAAAUUUUC